AUAAUUCAUCUUAUUCAAAUUAUAGAGUAUCUGAAAUCAUAUUACCAAAGAAUUGUAACUUCACAAAUCUUGUUGAUAUAAUCUCUACUGAAAUGAAGAUUCAGCUUAAACAAAAUAAAUUAGUUAUUAAGUACAAAAUCAGUGAUGAUUGUCCUCCAAUAAGUAUUGAAGAUGAUGCAAGUCUUACAUUCUACAAAGAGCUUAAGAGAAAAGAUAAUGACAUUACAAAAUAUAGAAUAUGUGUAACAUUAGAGAAAAAGAGGAAAAGAGUCUAUUCUAGUGAGACAUCAAAUGCAACUGUAAACCAAGAUAACAUGGAAUUGGUUUUACAAAAUAACAUGUUGUCUAUGGAAGGAGAAUCUUCAGCAUUAAGAGAGACAUCAGAGAAUAGCAUGAAUAUGAUUGAAUAUGCAAAUCUUUUAUCUGAUAUUGGAGAGACAUAUCUUGAGGAAGACUUCCAAGAAUUUGUUCAAGGUUCAAGGGAUAUCGAAAUUGGGAAAAAGUACAGGGAUAAAAAUUCAUUGAAGAGUGAAAUAAGCCUCUAUGCACUAUCAAAACAUUUUCAAUUCAAGGUAAUCAGAUCAUGCACAAGGCAAUACAGGUUAAAAUGUGUUGAUGAAGAAUGUCAAUGGAAUCUAUACGCUUCAAAGAUUGGUUACACAAAAGCAUUUGUGAUCCGCAAAUUUGUUGAUAUUCAUACUUGCCGUUUGGAAAAAAGAAUGGGCAGUCAAUGUCAAGCUAGUUCAACCGUCAUUGCAAAUAUUAUAAAACAUAAGUUCAUUGAUGUGAAGACGAUUUAUACACCAAAUGACAUUAGGCGGGACAUGAAAAAUGACUACAGUGUUGAUAUGGACUAUUGGAGAGCUUGGAGAUGUAGAGGAAAAGCUAUUGAUCUAAUAAGAGGAACACCAAAAGAAUCAUUUGUGCAACUUCCAAGUUAUUUACACAUGGUAAAAACAACAAACCCCGGAUCCUAUGUAAAAUUAGAAACUGAUGAAGAUUCUGCUUUUCUAUAUGCAUUCAUGGCACUCAAUGCAUCAAUAAAAUGAUGGAAACAUUGCAUGCCUAUUGUUGUAGUGGAUGGAACAUUCUUAAAAGGUCCAUAUGGUGGAACACUACUUGCGGCUUCGACCCAUGAUUCAGCUGGAAAAAUUUUCCCUCUUGCCUAUGCAGUGAAAGACUCUGAGAAUAACAAUUCAUGGAAUUGGUUUUUUGAAAGUAUGAUGGAAGUUUACGGUGUGAGAGAAGGAAUGUGCAUAAUUUCUGACCGACAUGAAAGCAUAAAAAAUGCAAUAACAGAUGUGUAUGGUGAAGAAGUUAAACAUGGGGUAUGUAUUUUCCAUUUGCUUAACAAUUUGAAGGUAAAAUUUAAAAGAAAGCAAAAGGAAAUAAAGGACAUAUUUCUAGCUGCUGCUAAGGCCUACACAGAAACAUAAUUUAACUACCAAAUUGCAGAAAUGGAUGCUUUGGACAGCCGAGUAAAACCUUAUCUUGAAGAUGUGGGAUAUGAAAAAUGGGCAUUAUCAAAAUCAGUCCAUAAUAGAUUCAAUAUCAUGACAUCAAACACAGCUGAAUCAUUGAAUGCCGCCAUCAACAAAGCAAGAGAGCUACCUGUCUCAAUGUUAUUUGAAUACUUGAGAAGCUUAACUCAGAGAUGGAGUUAUAAAAACAGACAUUUGGCAAGAUGUACAAUUACAACACUGAUGCCUAAACAUGAAGAAAGUUUGAGGGAGAGCUUCAUAAACUGCAUUAAACUAGAGGUGGAGCAAACAAGUGAUGAAAUAUUCAAAGUUAGUAAUGGUGACAAAACAAACACAGUCAAUAUUAUGGAAAGAACUUGUACAUGCAAAAGGUUU